ACAUUUAUUGGAUGCCAACCGCAAUGUUAAAUCCCCAUGAAGGAGAACUCCCGAAAAUCACGUUUUGCGCACCCGCGAAAAAAUGAAAAACUAGAGACAAGUGAAUGUAGUAGGAGAGAUGUUAUCAUUCAUACCAAACCCAGUCAGCAAGGAACUACUGAACAAUCCGCCUUAGUCUCAUAACAACCCAGUGUACUGUAACUUGCUAGUUAAUCAAGAUGGAAUUCCACUGGUGUUUGAGUGUUAUCUGGUUCCUGUCCUGCCUGCCUUCCAGCUGCCUGCCUUCCAGCUGCCUGUCUUCCAGCUGCCUGCCUUCCAGCUGCCUGCCUUCCAGACACGGGAACGCAGUGCCCUUCUUGGAAUGUCCGGUAUUCAAUGGGGAGUCAUUAUUCAUAAAAAUGCCUAUUUACCAGUGUCCUGAAUCUGAGAUCAGUUUACGUACCCAGAAAAAAGGCAGUGUGUUCAAGUAUGACAAGGAGGAGGACACGUGUACUGUGGAUCCACGUUAUCAGGACAGGAUCCAGAUGAAGAAUGACUCCAACGGCCGUGUUAUUGAAUUUCGAAAUGUAACCGAAGAAGAUAUGAAUAUAGUGUAUGUGAUCUAUGCUUCGAAUACACCCCUUCAGAUAUUUCUAAUUACAAGUAGCACUGUGAGUCUGACCACCACAGCAGCCCCACAUCCAUCUACAGCCACACCAGGUAGCACUGCGAGUCUGACCACCACAGCAGCCCCACAUCCAUCUACAGCCACACCAGGUCCAUCUGAGGUACAUAGUCGUACUGGUUUAGUAGUACCAGUAAUUCUGGUACUGGUACUAUGUAUGGGACUUGUACUACUGUGUCAAUCAUAAACAGUGAAACGAAGCACCUGGACAUGGAAGCAGAACGUUAAAAAUGAACGCGGUCUUCGUCUCUACGUGCCUGGCAGACUUCUCAGCCCUCAAGAGGGAGCUGCUCUUCUUUCCAGGGAAGGCCUACCCGCUCCAAGACCUCCAUCAGUUGACAACUCCACGGUGUAAAUUAAUGUCGCUCUUGCCGCUGGUGAAUCUCUGAUCCACCUCUACGCAGACAACACCAUUCUGUAUACUUCUGGCCCUUCUUUGGACUCUGUGUUAACAACCCUCCAGACGAGCUUCAAUGCCAUUCAACUCUCCUUCCGUGGUCUCCAACUGCUCCUAAACACAAGUAAAACUAAAUGCAUGCUCUUCAACCGAUCGCUGCCUGCACAUGCCCGCCUGUCCAGCAUCACUUCUCUGGACGGUUCUGACUUAGAAUUUGUGGACAAAUACCUGGGUGUCUGGUUAGACUGUAAACUCUCCUUCCAGACUCGCAUCAAUCAUCUCCAAUCCAAAGUUAAAUCUAGAAUUGGCUUCCUAUUUCGCAAACAAAGCAUCCUUCACUCAUGCUGCCAAACAUACCCUCGUAGAACUGACCAUCCUACCAAUCCUCGACUUCGGCGAUGUCAUUUACAAAAUAGCCUCCAAUACCCUACUCAACAAGCUGGAUGCAGUCUAUCACAGUGCCAUCCGUUUUGUCACCAAAGCCCCAUAUACUACCCACCACUGCGACCUGUACGCUCUCGUUGGCUCCGACCUGUACGCUCUCGGGACACAUUCAUUGUACUGUAUCAAACGACUGAUACCUGAACCAUUCUGUUCUAUUGUAUGAUUAUGCCACUUAUGAUAAUGCUGUUGUAAUUGAUAUCUGCUUCUUUGUAAGACUAGUCCAUUUUUGAUUGUUUAUAUUUUACAUUUGGAUAGAAUUUUACACCUUAUUGUUCCAGGAACAAACACACAUUUGUUCUUAACUGACUUAAGUAGUAUUUUUAUUUUGACAACUUUUACUUCACUACAUUCCUAAAGAAUAUAAUGUACUUUUUACUCCAUACAUUUUCCCUGACCCCUAAAAGUACUCGUUACAUUUUGAAUGCUUAGCAGGACAGGAAAAUGGUCUAAUUCACACACUUAUCAGGAGAACAUCCCAGGUCAUGCCUCUGAUCUGGUGCUCAUUAAACAAAUGCUUUUUUUGUAAAUUAUGUCUGACUGUUGAAGUGUGUCUGGCUUUCUGUAAAUAAAAACAAGAAAAUGGU